AUGAUCGAUUGUAGGGCAGAGAUAGAAAUUCGUGAUGGGACAGAUAGAAUCUCACGGGAAGAGUUAAUACGUGGAGUUGCUGGCUGUCAUGGCUUACUAUGCACUCUAACUCAUCAGAUUAAUAAGGAAAUUUUAGAUGCUGCUGGUCCUAAUUUGAUGACGAUUAGUACAGUUUCUGUUGGAUUCGAUCAUAUCGAUAUCGAAGAGUGUAAACGAAGAAAUAUAACCGUAGGACAUACACCAGCAGUACUCACUGAAGCUGUGGCGGAGUUAACGAUAGGACUAUUGCUUACGACGGCCAGACGUGUUCGUGAAGCGCUGUCUGUUGUUGAAAGUGGCUCAUGGUGCUCAUGGAAGGUACUGUGGUUAUGUGGAACGCAGUUAUCAAAUAAGGUUGUUGGGAUUGUUGGACUUGGUAGGAUUGGUCUUGCUGUUGCUAAACGCUUACUUGCCUUCAACGUGAACAAGAUCUUAUAUACUGGCCAUUCUGAAAAGGCUGAAGUGACUUUGUCCGAUACUGAUGCAACUCUAACUAUUGCCCCUUCAGUUGAUUUUAAUACUUUGCUGCAUCAAUCCGACAUUAUCAUUGUUUGCUGUGCGUUAACACCUGAAACAAAUGGACUAUUUGGAGAGAGUGCUUUUGCUGCAAUGAAAAAAAACUGUAUUUUUAUCAACACAAGCAGAGGCAAAGUGGUCAAUCAAAGUGAUCUAUAUAAUGCUUUAGUGUCGAAUGAAAUCCAGGCUGCUGGCUUAGAUGUCACAACUCCAGAACCCCUUCCCGUAGAUCAUCCACUCAAGAAAUUAAAAAACUGUGUAAUAUUUCCUCAUCUUGGGAGUGCCACCAUCGAAGCAAGGAAUGAAAUGUGGACCAUUGCCGUACGAAAUUUGAUCGCAGGAUUGAACAAUGAACCACUACCCCAUCCAGUUUAUUAG